UGCAAAAUGAAACAAUCAAACCUCAAUGUCUCUCCUCAAACUUUUGUUUCAGUAACAGACAACUUACGUAGAUCUGCAAACUAUAAACCAAACAUUUGGAAACACCACUUUCUCCAGUCACUUCACAGUAAAUAUAACAAGGAAGAAUUUGUUAUGGUGUUAAACAAGCUUGUGAUGGAAGUGAAGAGUCUAUUUGCACGAGAAACGAAUAUUUUGAAACAACUAGAGUUGGUAGAUUGGAUCCAAAAACUAGGCCUUGCCAACCAUUUUCAGAAGGAAAUCAAUGGCUUUCUUGAAUCUAUACAUGCCUAUGUCAAAACCAGCCAUGUUAAUACCAGUGAAGAACAAGAUUUGCACGUAUCUGCAUUAUGCUUCAGGCUUCUCAGAAAUCACGGAUAUGCAGUUUUGCCUGAUAUGUUAAGCAAGUUCUUAGAUAAAAAUGGUAAAGUGAAGAGGACAAUCAGCUCACAUGCUGGAGAUGUUAAGCAUGUGUUGGAGCUUCUUGAGGCCUCACAUUUAGGAUUGGAGGGAGAAAAGAUAUUGGAUAAGGCAAAAAUAUGUGCCAUAAGUUCUCUGAAGGAUGCUUUUUCUCUCAGUUCCAUCAACAAGGACCGACUAUCUGAUACUGUAGAUGCUGAAAGAGUGGUCCACUCUCUGGAGCUUUCAUCCCACUGGAGAGUACAGUGGUUUGAAGUCAAAUGGCAUGUAAAGCAAUACAGCAAGGAGAAAAAUAUGAACCCUGUUUUACUUGAACUAUCUAAAUUAAAUUUCAAUAUGAUUCAGUCAACACUUCAGUUGGAGUUGAAGGAAUUAUCCAGGUGGUGGGAGAAUCUUGGCAUAAAAGAAGAAUUGAGCUUUGCAAGGAACAGGUUGGUUGAAAGCUUCAUGUGUGCAGCAGGAGUUGCUUUUGAGCCAAAGCACAAAUCCAUCAGAAAAUGGCUCACUAAGGUUAUUGUUUUCGUACUGGUCAUUGAUGAUGUUUAUGAUAUACAUGCCUCGUUUCAAGAGUUGAAGCCCUUCACAAUGGCGUUUGAGAGAUGGGACGACACAGAAGUUGUUGAAGAACUUCCAACGUACAUGAAAACUUGCGUCCAUGCACUGAAAGAUGUCACAAAUGAAAUUGCUUAUGAAAUUGGUGGAGAAAAUAACUUUCACUUGGUGUUACAUUACCUAAAGAAAGCGUGGAUAGAGUUUUGCAAAGCAUUGUACGAGGAGGCAAAGUGGUACAACAAAGGAUACAUUCCGUCUUUGCAAGAAUAUUUAAGCAAUGCAUGGAUUUCAUCUUCUGGGCCUGUGAUUUUACUGCAUUCAUAUCUUGGUACAAUGUAUCAAGUAAAUUAUUCGAUGGAACAUUUUCUACAUACGUACGAGGAUUUGGUCUACAAUGUAUCUCUUGUGAUUAGACUUUGCAACGACCUUGGGACUACGGUGGCUGAAAGAGAAAGAGGUGAUGCUGCUUCAUCAAUCGUAUGCUAUAUGAAAGAAGAAGGUGUUUCAGAGGAAAAAGCAAGAAAGCAUAUAGAAGAUAAAAUCAUUGAAGCAUGGAAGAAGAUAAACAAGUGUUUUGGUUGUUCUUCUUCAUGUUUGGUGGAACCAUUUCUUACUCAAGCAAUAAAUGCAGCUCGUGUGAGUCAUACACUUUAUCAAAAUGGAGAUGGUUUUGGAAUCCAAGAUCGAGAUAUCAAAAAACAUAUAUUGUCACUAGUUGUUGAACCUCUUUAAUCAGUGAUGUUUUAUGGAAUUUGGAUUUAAG